AUGGGGGCAGAGACCGUGGGGCAGAGACCGUGGGGCAGAGACCGUGGGGGCAGAGACCGUGGGGCAGAGACCGUGGGGCAGAGACCGUGGGGCAGAGACCGUGGGGCAGAGACCGUGGGGCAGAGACCAUGGGGCAGAGACCGUGGGGGCAGAGACCGUGGGGGCAGAGACCAUGGGGGCAGAGACCGUGGGGCAGAGACCGUGGGGCAGAGACCGUGGGGCAGAGACCGUGGGGGCAGAGACCGUGGGGCAGAGACCGUGGGGCAGAGACCGUGGGGCAGAGACCAUGGGGUAGAGACCGUGGGGGCAGAGACCGUGGGGGCAGAGACCAUGGGGGCAGAGACCAUGGGGCAGAGACCGUGGGGCAGAGACCGUGGGGUAGAGACCAUGGGGUAG